AUGAAAUAUUUUCCACUUAGUUUGAUUUUUCUUUUUAUAUAUCCUGCUAUAUUUAGUAAGGUGAAAGAUAAAACUAUUGUCCUUAGUGGUAAAGAAGCUGAAGAGUAUACAAAAUAUUUUCUUGGUGGUCAACAUUUUAUUUGCCCUGGGGAAAAUGAAGUCUGGUCUCGUUGUCCUCCAUUAUGUACACCAACAUGUCAUAAACCAUCACCUAAUUGUACAAUGCAUCUAAAUAAAGAAUUUCAUUCUAAAUGCCCACCUGCACAAUGUAUAUGUAAACCUGGAUAUAUUAGAAAUUGUGAUUAUGAAUGUAUUCUUACUACAAAAUGUAACAAUGCAACACAUUCACAAUUUUGUAAUAAAAAUAAUAUCAUUUUAUCAGAAGUUAAAACUUUUGAAAAGGGAAACUGUCAUCCACAUGAAAUAUUUAAGGAAUGUUCUUCUUAUUGUGAACCUUCAUGUGAUAAUCGUAAUCCAAAGUGUGACAAUAAAUGUAAUAAACCUAGGUGUGAAUGUCGAUCAGAUUUCUAUCGUAAUCACUUGAAUGUAUGUGUUCCAUUUCAUAACUGUCCACACAAUGUAACAUAUCAAUCAAAGGCUUCUUACUUUCCUGGUUAUAUGAAAACAAAAGACAUGAAAGAAAUAGAAAUUAAUAACAACGAGACAAGUGGUAGUUGUAGAGAAAAUGAAGUUUGGUCAGAAUGUUCAUCAUUAUGUGAACCAACCUGCCAAAAUACAAAAAAAUUAUGUCCAAGUACUUGUGGACCUCCAAAAUGUCAAUGUGCUACUGGAUUUGUCAGACAUUUUGGAAGGUGUAUUUCAAAUGCCAUGUGUUCAAAUAUUAGUUUUGAAACAAUAUAUUCUGAACCUUCUGAAGAAAGGUAUGAAUCAACAUACAUUUCUGGUAAGAUGGCAGAAAUAUGUAGAGAAAAUGAAGAAUUUGCCCAAUGUUCUAAUAAUUGUGAACCAACAUGUCUUGAAAAAAAUAAAAUAUGUAACAAAUCAUGUGGACCUCCAAAAUGCCAAUGUAAAAAUGGAUAUUUUAGAAAUGGUUAUAGGUGUGUUGAGGAGAUUAGAUGUAACACAACACUAGAAAUAACAGAAAAUUACUCAUCAAUAAAACAAUGUAAACAAAAUGAAGAAUAUGUUAUUUGUUCAAGUUUAUGUGAAUCUACUUGUGGAAAACCAACUAAAUUAUGUUCACUUCAGUGUGGUGAACCAAAAUGUCAAUGUAAGAAAGGAUAUUCAAAAUAUAAUAACAUCUGUAUAGAGACUAACAAAUGUCCCAAUGAAAAUAUUAUGGAAUUUGAAAUGGAAAAUUCAGCUUUGGGGGUUGGAUUAGUCAAAGAAAAGUAUAGAAAUAGCAAUAACAUUUGUAAUAUACCUAUAGCUCUUAAGAAGUGUCUUAAAAUUCCAGUUGAUUAUAAAUGCCCAAUAAAUGAGGAAUUUAAAUGUUGUGGAACAUUCGAGGAGGAAACAUGUAUUAACAAAUUAUUAAAUAAAAAAAUGACAAAUAGUUGUGGUCCAAGUAAAUGUAUUUGUAAAAAAGGUUUUUAUAGAAGUUCUUUUGGUAAAUGUAUUCCUGAAAAAAAAUGUAAAGAAGAUUUUGACCAAAGUAUCAAAGAAUAUUAUAAAAUUUUUCCAAAAAAAAAUUUGAAUAAUUAA